UCUUUUCUUGCGGCUCUGAUCCAAUCUGCUCCCUAGUUGUACUUGCUCCCAAGACUGGUGAAAUUGAACCGACACCACUCGCGACUCAAGCUGCACACCAAACCGCGAACAAUUCAAAAUUCGAGUAUCCUUCACUUUCCAUCAAGAACACUCUGUCUAAGAGUGUCGCUUCCCUAUUGGCAGCGAUUUACUUUGCAUCGCUGCACACAUUCCACCCUUCCAGAUGGACAUCGACAUGAGCAGGAGGAAUAAGAAACCCCGCCUUUUGCUGGAAUCCGAACGAGAAAGGCUAGAGGAAUUUAUCGACUCCAUCCAUUACUCUGCAAGAUAUUCUGAUGACCAGUUUGAAUACCGCCAUGUCCAACUUCCCAAAAACAUGCUCAAAAAGAUCCCAGCCGACUACUUUGACAGCUCGAAAGGAACCCUUAAACUGCUCUGGGAAGAAGAGUGGAGAGCCCUGGGUAUCACGCAGAGCUUGGGCUGGGAACACUACGAAGUUCAUGAGCCGGAACCGCACAUUCUUCUAUUCAAGCGUCCUCUCAACUACCAGCCACCAAUGUCUCAGUAAAUAUACCUUGAAUUCGAUGAUCAUUAUUUAGCCUUUCUCUUCUUUUCAUCUUUUCCGUUGCUUGAACGAAGAAACGGCCACGAAUUAGGGUGCGCAGUAUGCAUAAAUAAGAUUGUUUUAAGACAAUCGGGUGCUUCUUGCAUGAGGUUUCGACAUGGAAUAUAAUUCAAUGCUGCUAGAAGAUACCUCGUUUGUCGGCUAAGCCACCACCACCACCAUAACGGCCGCCCCACCCCCUCUCCCAAACCCCUGUCUCUCACACCCCCAUGUCCCGUUCGCAGGAUUCUUUGCCUAAAGGUGUUUCACAUCACAUUCUUGGCCAACCAUUGCUCCCACUGGGCAGUUGUGAAACUGCUACUGAUCGCUGAUUCUUCGAUACCCUACAUGAUGGUGUCAGUACAUCGGAAUGUCUUUUUUUCAUCCAUGCAAUGACGGUGGACAUACGUUGAAGUAUACUGUCGGGGAAACAUGGACACCUACAACACGAUCUGCCUGAAAUGUGGUGUUAGAUUCGAAAUAUCGCCAGAGUCCUCAUUUCUUACUUUGACCAUUAACUUGAUAUCAU